GGAGGGAAGGAGUGACUCCGGGAGGGAAGGAGUGACUCCAGGAGGGAAGGAGUGACUCCAGGAGGGAAGAAGGAGCACCCGGGGAGCCCGCCCGGCCGCGGAGCACACCAUGGCCCUGGCCGGUGCCCUGGAGCGGCUGCAGGAGGAAGCCAUUUGCCCCAUCUGCCUGGAGUACAUGAGCGAGCCCGUCAGCGUCGACUGCGGGCACAACUUCUGCCGGGGCUGCAUCGCCAAGCACUGCCAGGAGAAAGGUCUCUGGGCCGACGGGCCCUUCUCCUGCCCGCAGUGCCGGGCCUCCUGCCACCGCAGCGGCUUCCGACCCAACCGGCAGCUGGCCAACAUCGUGGAGAGCAUCCGGCAGCUGGGGCUGAGCGGUGGUCAAGGGCCGGCGCCGGGGCCAGGGACCCCGCUCUGUGCCCAGCACGAAGAGCGCCUCAAGCUCUUCUGCGAGGAGGAAGAGGAGGCCAUCUGCGUGGUGUGCCGGGAGUCGCUGCACCACCGCUCGCACACCGUCUACCCCAUCGAGGAGGCGGCGCAGGUGUACAAGGUCAAACUCCAGCAAUCCCUGGAGCAUCUUUCGAAGGAAGCGGAGGAUGUGAAGAAGCGUGAGUCAGUGGAAAGGAUGAAAACCCAGGAGUGCAAGGAGACAGUGAGGAAAAAGCGGGAGAAGAUUGUGAGCGAGUUUGGAAAGCUGCAUCGGCUGCUGGCCGAUGAGGAGAAGCUGUUGCUCCAGAAGCUGGAGGAGGAGGAGAAGCGGAUUCUGCUGCUGAUCAAUGAAAACCUGGCCAGGCUGGUGGAGCAGAAGUCCUUGCUGGAGGAGCUGAUCCUGGAGAUAAAGGAGAAGACCCAGCAGCCGGCUGAGGGGCUGCUCAAGGACAUGAAGAGUGUCCUGAGCAGGUGCGAGGAGGUAAAGUUCCAGUCCCCCAAGGCUGUGUCCGUGACCCUGAAGGAAAACUACAGCAUCCCUGAGCGCUGCCUGGGCAUGAGGGACAUGCUGAAGAAGUUCAAAGUGGAUGUGACUCUGGACCCCGAGACAGCGCACCCUGAGCUCACCCUGUCCGAGGACCGCAAGAGUGUGCGGCGUGGGAGCAAGAAGCUGCUUCUGUCCCUCUUCGACAGCCCCAAGAGGUUCAACACCGCUCCGGUGGUGCUGGGGAGUCAGGUCUUCUUCUCAGGACGCUGCUACUGGGAGGUGCAGGUGGGAGACAAGCCCGAGUGGGGCCUGGGGCUGUGCCAGGAGUCUGCCAGCCGGAAAGGCAACGUCCUCUUCUCCCCAAACAACGGCUACUGGGUGCUGCGGCUGCAAAACGGGGGCAACUACGAGGCUCUCACCUCACCCAUCUCCCCGCUGUCCCUGAGCGUGAGACCCCGGCGCAUCGGGAUGUUCCUGGACUAUGAGGCAGGAGAAAUCUCUUUUUACAAUUACAAUGGAAAAUGCUUCAUCAUCUGAGUGGGAUGUGAGUAGUCGUCCGAGUCUUUCUAAGAACUGACCAGAAAUGUUCUUUUGGGUCUUCAUCACCACUUCUGCCUUCUGUUGGACAUUACAGGGAAGGUGAUACCCAGGCACCAUUGCUGUCUUUCUCAGCCCUGGAAGUCUGGGAUAUAUUGCUGCUUUAGGAAAAUAUUACUUUUGUGUGCAACCUGCAAUACUGUCCACUUUUACAUGCCUUUUUUGGAUGCUGGCCACCCAGAAGAGACAUGCUCCCCAUCUUGGUGACUCUGGGAAGAGCUGUUUUGGAUGGAGGACUGGGCCUCGCCUCCCUGCAGCGAGGCAGGGCCUUGAUCCCUGGCAUGGCAAGGAAGGCACAGAGCUGGCACUUCUGAGUGCACAGGCAUUUUGCCUUCGGGGUUUCUAAAAAAGUGGAGGUAUAAAAGCUGUCAGCCCAUGAACCUUGAUCGCCAUCAAUCUGUAUCUCCACCAGCACAGCUCAGCUUCUCCUUCUGUACAAUUCCAGACUCCAACCCCCAACUCCCCUGACUGUCCUUAUACCUCAAAAUGCCUAUGGACACAACAAAUAUAUAAAGAUGUGCAUGUGUAUUAUAA